GCUACUAAGAUACGCAGUGUUUACAUGCUAACUCUUAGCAUUUCACUUUCCUUGGUUGAAAGUAAGCUAUGCCUAACUACGUAUGGACGUGUGUGAAGCAUUUGGGAAAACGUGCAAUUAUUGUUGACGUAAAACUGCCGGCAUUGACUAAAUAUCCGAGUGUUUUAUAAUAUCUGUUUCUAUUUCUCUUGUUUUUGGUUCAUGGGUUCACUAGCUUGGGUGCACAUAAGUCCGCUAACGUUACUUUCAUGGAUGUUCGAACGCUAAAGCAGCGUUCGCUUAAUAAUACCGAGCUUAGUUCCUUCCGCAAUGGUUGUCGAGAUAGACAACUUCUUCGGUGUAUACAUGCUGUACUGCACAAAUCUCAAAUUCAAAGGACGUAUUUACAUCGGCUUCACGGUGAAUCCUGAGCGCAGGAUCGGACAGCACAACGCCGGGCGGCACCGAGGGGGAGCCAAGAGGACCAGUGGAAGAGGACCGUGGGAGAUGGUCCUCAUAAUACAUGGCUUUGCCUCAGAUAUUGCUGCCCUUCGUUUUGAGUGGGCGUGGCAGCACCCUCACUCCUCCAGGCGUCUCUCCCUCGUCUCCCGGCGCUCCAGGAAAGAGUCGAGCUUGCAGUUCCACUGGCGUGUGGUGUCCAACAUGCUGCGGGUGGCGCCUUGGAACCGACUUCCGCUAACGGCACGCUGGCUCAAACAGGAGUACAGGAUGGACUUUGAGCCCGGCCUGCAGCCUCCACUGCACAUCCCCAUCGCUUAUGGGAGUGUGAGAGCCAAGAAGAAGCUGCCGUCUGCAGGACAGGAAGCGGAAGAGGAGGAGACAUCCAGGUGUUUUCUCUGUAAAGAGCUGGUCAAGGUGUCAGAAAAGCUGAGCUGUUUCCACCCGUCCUGUGGAAUGAGCGGUCAUGUGCUCUGCCUUGCGAAACAUUUCCUGAAGUUGGAGCCGUCACACCUCCUGCCAGUGGAGGGUGAAUGUCCGGCCUGUCGUCGCUCUUUGCUGUGGGGGAGUCUCAUCCGGAACAAGCACUGCUGUUUCGGAGACCUGGAGGAGAUUACACCGUCUGCAUCCCAGAGCCACUGGGCCGAUGAGCUGCAAAAAUGAGAGGAGCCUGUAAACCUUUUAUUUCCUUGUUGAUGCAUCGAGGAACCGUCAUAGAUGAUGUGUAAUGAAUUUUCCCAUUGAGCAGGAAUGUACAGUGACUAAAAGCUUCCAGGCGAAGCGUUAGCAGGUGCAACAUCUCUUCCAUUUUUAUCACUCUGUUCACAAAUUCAAAUCAAAUCAUGUAUCAUGUUUAUUUUUAGAAUAUUCCAUGCUUUGGGGGAAAACACUCGUAAUGUGUGUUUUACAAAUAAAGCAAGCUUGUUCUAAAGAGUGCA